AUGCAUCGUCUAAUCCACAUCAUCCGAUCCCCUACCACCACCACCACCACCACCGCCCGCCCUCACGAGCCCAAACACGCCAUCCAGACACCCCAAGACGCCCUUCCAGACGCCUUCCCGCCACAGGACCCCCAAGAGGCCGCCCACGCCCUCGUCCCUGGGCGCAAACGACCCCCAGACGCCCCUCGCGGACCCGGUGCCCCGGAUAUACGCCCUCGAAUACACAGCCCUCGCGUGUCCCGCACCCGACACGUACGGCGCCGACAACAGCGCCGCCCCGGCACCCAUCCCGAGGAUGUCGCGCAUGGGGUGGUGAUACCCGAACUCGGCCCACCGUCUCCGCCCCUGCCUCCUCCCCCUCCCCGCGACGGCCUCGCCAGCCCUCUUCCGCCCCGGCGGCGCCGCGGCGGCCCUCUGCUCUCCCCACCGCGCCCCCUCGAGGACGAAGUAGCCCCCGCUCUCGACCCCCCACACGUCCCACCCGAAUGCCGUCCCCGACCCCAUCGACCGUCGGCCCCACCCGCCCCACCCGCCGGACCUCGCCCCGGCGUCCCGCCUCGAAGUCCUCGGGAGCCGGGGAUACGGCGGCCCGCGGCCCCUCACGUCCAACCAGGAGUCGCCGUACCACUCCGCGUCCCCGUCCCGCCGCGAGCGCUCGAGCGUCGUCGUGUACGUCGUCGCGCAGGUCGAGGACGAGUACGUCGACAUCCACGAGGGCGAGGGCGCGUACGCCGCCGAGAGCCCGUUCUUCUGCGCCGUCGUCCCCAGCGCGGACUCGGCCUCGAACCCGUCGUCCGAGAUAGGCGGCUGCUGGAACACGACCUCUGGGAUCGUGGCCUCGGGCGUUGUCGUCUCGAGGCGGUUCGCCGUCGCUGGCGCCGGGGAGGUGGCGGGUUCGGGAAAGCAGACGAGUUCGAGAGACGAACUCCGCAACCGCCUCAGUGGCGCAUGGCUCUGUUGUUGCUGCUGUUGGCGCUGCCUCUCCCUGCACCGCCUGCACAGCCGGUCUCUGUAUCUACACUUGGCGCAGGGGAUCGCGAGGUCCGGUGA